AUGAUACACUAUGUAGUAAUCAGUGUUUUGGUUCAAUUAGUUUUGGGCCAACACCACAAUACUACAGAACACAACAAUCACCAAAUUAAACCAACACCACCAGCUUUCAAGGCGUCACCUCUCGUUGCCCUACCAGUCCAACAGACCUCCUUCCACGAUCCUACAGGUCGAGUGUCUUGCUCCAUCUCUAUCGCUGACGAUACAGACACAUUACAUCUUACAGAUGAUGACUUCGGAUAUCCAAAGUACAUGGUAGAAGAUGCAUUCAGAAGCAACAACUUGGCGACCCAAAUGUUUGAUCUGUAUCUCCGAAAACACAGGAUGGUUGGUGAUCCCAUGAAUCAACAUGUACAUACUGAUAAUACCAACACAAUAUCAGAAACAGUUGCCCAGCUGAAACCACAUCAGGGUCAAGUCAUCAACCCAUUUGCUGGCACCCAUAAUGGAAACAAUCAGAGAAACAUCUUGUUCGGGAAUGAAGUUUCACAACCAUUCCAAACCAACAACUAUCAGUCACCUUUCAUUAAUUCCAAUUCAUUCCCCAAACACCAAAACGGUGGUGGUUUCCAAGGCUUCGAUUUCAGCUCUCCCAUUUCUAACACCAAGGACAAAGCCAACAUCGUGACCAAUGGCUUCCAUUUUCCAACAGGAGGAAUCCCAAUAUUUAGGAAGAAGAGAAUGUCUGGUUUUCAGACCAGCUUUAGUGGAUUCAAGACACCAAAACAUUUGUGUGAUUCUCAGACGGUUCAACUUAAAAGAUACCAAAAUUAUGGUGGAAAAUGUUUCGUCUUAGAACCCGAAGUUCAAAAUAUUAACUUCGUGAAAUGCAGAAAACAGAAAUGUUCCAAUUGUAACGGUUUUAAUGGAGUCACUCAAUGUGCCGCAGAGACUAGAGACCUAUGGGUGUGGUCUUACUGUGAGGCUUUACCCAGAGACAAGAAGAUUAUUUAUGAUAAAAUUCUAAUACCAACUCACUGUGCCUGUAAAACCUUCGAAUGCUGA